GUUUGGCCAAAACAUCCGCACAUUUCAGUUCCUGUACGGCGUUGCGCGUUGACGGUAUCAGCGGCGUUUCAAGCGGAAUAAAGUUGGUAACGGUUGCCAACAAGUGACGUUUUCAAAUACGAUUGGUAAAAGUGAUCAACUGUGCUAGCAGCGAUUUGAAAAGAAAUCUAUCCAAAUUUGUGCUCCGAACAAUUUGGAAACUGAAUUCGUUUUAGAAUGUGCUUAAUCGCUUGAAAAAUAGUUUGUUCGAAAUUGAACUUCACACGGUGUCUAACACGGCGUAUACGUUAUAUUAAUAAAUAAUUUGCCUGAGCUUAAACCAGCAACAAAUGUAAAUUGACAGGAAACUAAAGCCGAUUGCUUCUCUAACUUCCGGCGCUUUGGUGGCGUAAAAUGUUUGCCACCAAUAUCCGUUCGGUUGCCGUAGAAAUCGUCCUGGUGGUGCCGUGAGCUCUCGUCCUUUUCCUUUCGCGAGUCCUGAAUCCGCGUCCCUCGCUCAUUUCCGGUGCGCCGUUUUUACAUUUGCAAUUCGAAUCGGAUUGGAAUUGGAAUCGGAAUCAGAAUCGGCGCGAGGACAUUUCCAUUCCUUCCCAUUCUUUUUUUAUUUUUUUCUUGCGAUUUGCGUUGCAUAUGCGAGGGCUAAUUAGCAUGCUGCAUUUCCAGCAAUCAGAGUAGAGCGCACAAUAGGAAUAAUAACGCGGAAUGGAAGAGGAUGUGUAUGCCUCGCUGGGUGCCUACAACGACAGCGGUGGCGACGAUUGGAGCAGCUCGGAGCACCUGGUCCUGUGGGAGGAGGAUGAGGCGCAGCGACCGGCUGCUAAUGCCACCAGUCGGCAUAAUCAACUGCAGGUGGCCAGGUGGAAUGCCACCGGCAAUGCGACCAUCAGUGCGACCUUCGAGGACGUACCCUUCGAUGCGAACAACUACUGGGCCCUAUUGGCCCUAGUCCUCGUCCUGGGAACGGCGGCCGGGAACAUCCUUGUCUGCCUGGCCAUCGCCUGGGAGCGCCGGCUGCAGAAUGUGACCAACUACUUCCUCAUGUCGCUGGCCAUCACCGAUCUGAUGGUAGCCGUGCUGGUCAUGCCGCUGGGCAUCCUUACGCUGGUGAAAGGCUACUUUCCUUUGGGCUCGGAGCACUGCCUCACGUGGAUCUGCCUGGAUGUCCUAUUCUGCACGGCCAGCAUCAUGCACCUGUGCACCAUAUCCGUGGACAGAUAUUUAUCGCUGCGAUACCCAAUGCGAUUUGGCCGGAAUAAAACACGUCGGCGGGUCACUCUCAAAAUUGUUUUCGUUUGGCUGCUGAGCAUCGCCAUGAGCUUGCCCUUGAGCUUGAUGUACUCCAAGAAUCACGCCUCGGUGCUGGUGAAUGGAACUUGCCAGAUACCGGAUCCGGUGUACAAGCUGGUCGGCUCCAUUGUAUGCUUCUACAUUCCGCUGGGCGUGAUGCUGCUGACAUAUUGCCUGACCGUCCGCCUUUUGGCCCGGCAGCGACAGAAUCUGGGUGGUGGACAGCAGACGGCGGCGGCCACUCCCGGAUGGGCCAGUGGAUGGCUCGGCCAGGCACCGGCCUUGGAACGACGUUGCACCUGGCGGCGCCUUUUGAAACCGGGUCCGGGUAACGCCUCCUCGGUGCUGCACGCCCACUCGGCCAAUUCCACGGAUACGGAUCUCAGCACUUUGGACAACCACGAGCUCUGGCUGCCCGAUUCCAGCAUAAAGGAGCCAACGCCCACGACCAUGACGGCCUUGCAUCAGUUCGGUGCCGAGAUGCUGAAGCUAUCCCGUGGCCUGGAGUCGGUGGCCUCGUCAUCCACCACCGGCUCACCAACCAAAUCCGAAUUUUCCCUAUCGAACCACCUGCAGCUGCAGUACCCCAGCAGCCCACAGCGAUAUGCCGCCAGCCACCAGCAGUCGCACCACCACAACCACCAGCAGCAUCCGGCCGGAGUUUACCACCAGCAGGCAUCACCCAAAGGUCGCCACGGAACCACAGUCCUGGGGCUGUCCACCACCACGCUGGGCAUCGAGCGGGAGAGCACUCGGAAUUCCCUGGCCAGCAGUCGCAUGGGCGGCGAACAGAGCGAUGGGACACUUUCACAGCUUUCCCAACGAUUGCGAGCGUAUAAGAAGCGACGAAGAGCUUCGUCAGCUGUUCCAGGACGUGACCAGCGUGCCGGGCAUGAGGACGCAGACGAGGAUGUGGACACGCCCACGUCAACGCUGCGCCGUCACAAGCGCCAUAAUAGCCUGCCCAAGAACGCACUCUAUCCGCGACACACCACUGUACAGGAGAGCCUCGAUGACGACGACGACGACGAGGAGGAGGAGCGUGCGCAACAGAAGGAUCAGCAGACAAAGUCGAAGAUCUGCCACUCAGACACCGAGCUCGAUCCUCCGCAGAAGUCGAAGCAGUGUCACAUAGCCGGGCAGAAUCACCAGUCGGACUACCUGCAGCUGCCCUCCGUUUGCACCUGUCCGUAUUUCGGGGACAGACCGCUCCAGAAUUGUGUGAAAUCGGCGGAGGUGAAGAUUAUUUCGUCCGCCUUCCGAGUGACCACCACCACGACGGCGGUGAGCAGUUCGCCCAGCGAGAUGGAGCUACUCAUGUGCAGCAGUGGUAAUAAGAAGUCACUGACCUCCAGUGUGAGUGCCGGCAUGACAGGUGGACCGGCAGGAGCAGCUCCGGCCACAGUUGGCUCCACCCUCAGUCCACACUCUGCUCACAAUCAGGGCAGCUCCCUGACGGUUCAGAGCGAUGGCAGUGGGUACUUGGCUGCUCCGGGAACUCCCUGUCCUGGCCGACGAAAGUUAAGCAUCUCAAAGACCGCCUCGGUGGUCACGUGGGAUUCAAGUCGUCACCGACGGCGGGGCAGCAGUUUUGGCGGAGUGCGAACAUCCCUGCUGCUGACGCCCACCAAAACAGCGACCACCUCCAACUCAUCCACACCCUUGAGAAGAUCGGCCACCCUGAGGAGUCACCAGAACAUGAACUACCAGGGAGCGGGCGAAUGUGGGGGCAAGACCAGGACGACCACAUCAUCGCCCUGCAUGUUGCAGCGUCAGCAGACGGUGCGAUCUCAUCACUCGCGGAACUCCAGCGUGAUCUCCAGGAACUCCUCGCGCCACGGCAGGAUCAUCCGGCUGGAGCAGAAGGCCACCAAGGUGCUGGGAGUGGUGUUCUUUACGUUCGUGAUCCUCUGGUCGCCAUUCUUCGUCCUCAAUCUCCUGCCCACGGUGUGCGCAGAGUGCGAGGAGCGAAUCAGCCACUGGGUCUUCGAUGUGGUCACCUGGCUGGGCUACGCUAGCUCCAUGGUGAACCCCAUCUUCUACACCAUCUUCAACAAGGUGUUCCGGCAGGCGUUCAAGAAGGUCCUGCUGUGCCGCUAUUCCAGCACGAGUGCCUGGCGACCGAGCAGAUAGCAGACGCCCGUUAAACCGGGCAAACUCAAGACGAAUACCCACAAGUGCGCCAGUGUGGAUUUUCAGGAUUCCACUGCUCCGGUGCGUGGCGUUCUGAAAAGAAGUGUGGCAGUGGCAAGUGACAUAUAAAUACGGCAAAGGCCGGUCAUUUCGCCCUGCGGUCCACCGCACAACGUGUCGUAUACGCAAUCUCGGAGGGACGAUAAUGCCCACCCGCACUCCGCACCGCUCACACGUGUGUCCUUGGGGCUUAAAUGCUUAUGUGCCUCUAAUUAAUUUCAAAUUCAAUUUGCAUGCCAUUGAAAACACAUGUCCCAUGCGUAAGAAGUGGAGCCGAGUGAAUUAGAUAUUGAAGUGGAGUCGGAUCCCCGCAGGAUUGCCAAGGGUCGGGGAUUAAGCUGGCCACAGACAACAGCAUAACGAGCAUGCUACUCGCCCCUGGUGGUUCCUUUGCGAAACUCCACCCUUUCCCUCAGCCCUCAGCACUCAGCAAACGGUGAGGAUGCAAUUAAUUGCGGAAUGUUUGCUUUCGAACAACGUAAUACCGGCAAACACAUUUACUUUAUAGCAACGCUCUUCAGUUAUCGACAAAGUUCUGGCUCACAGAAAGUUCAUGUCAAUCUGUUGAUUUUUGAUAGCAUUUUCCGCGAAAUUCCUUUUAGAUUCACUACGUAAAUUUAAAGAUUGUAUAUAUAAUGUUAAACUUUUAAAAUUCCUAAAAAAGCGCCAAUGUCGCUUCGCAAACUUCAAUCGAUAAACGCUAUUUGGUUCGGCAUUUUGGCAAUUAUGCAUUAAAUUUAUGGCAAAUUCGCUGGCCGCCAAUGCACAAAGAAUUUCAUCGGUAUCCAUUAAAGGAACCGACACGUACACAAAUCCCCGGCAAUUUGUGACUUUUGUUGUUUGUUUGUGUGGUCGGACCGGCAGAUUGCUAUUUUUAUUUGAAAAGUUCAUUCAUUUUGUUUUAUUUCUGUGGCCAAAUGAAAAAUUUCAGCUGGUCACGUAAGAAUUUGACGGCCAGGAUGUGAAUGGAGAAUCCGGUGGCCAGAAGGCAGCCAGGAAAGAGCCUGCUGGCCAAAUCGAAGACGAAGUCGGAGCAGCUGGCUGAAGGACAUCAAACAACAGCAAGGGGCCAACUGUAAUAACGAAAGCCGGAUGAAAGUUUCGAAUGUGCUGCCAAGUUUUAAAGUCCCAGAUGAGCGGUACACUUUCGGAUGGUUUGGGUUGUGGCAAAUGAUAGGUAAUGACGCCAUUAGUGGCAGCCACUCAAAAGACUCAGUCUCGAUGACACCUCACAAAAACAGCCGGCAAAAUUUGUGCCAUUUUUGCUGACAAAUUUGUAGCACCCCGCCCACCAACCCCCACAGAAACUUCGCACAGCAGGCGGCUGUGAAAAUGCUGAGAACAGACAUAAGGAAACCGCCGUGGCACUUGGAAAUUUAUAGCAAUUUUAUCGCCGGCGGAAAUAUUUUUUCCACUUCAUUGAAUCCUUGGCAGGAGCAGGUCGCGGCCCAGUCUCCAAGUGUCGCACUCGGGGAACUUCAUUGAACUUUAAUGGCAGGCCGUCGGGCAAACAACAAAGCCAGGCCGUCAGAGACACCCGAUGGACCUGGUUGUAGCCCAACUUCCGUUUCCUCUAUCACCUCGCCUUCCGCUGAUUCUGCAACAUAUGCUCGUUUGGGGGCAACAUUACAGUGGCCCAAAUACCUGGGCAAAGUUUUUGCAACUCAUUUUUAGGACCGCAAAAUGCAAGAGUGUAAAUAGUCGGCUAUUAAAAACUUUGUUCGGUUUUCCCUUUGCUAAUACGAUUCUUAAAUUUUAGAACUGUUUUUACCUUUCAAAAACAUAACGUGAAAAUCUUCCUUUAGGGGUUUUUAAAUCAUAUCAACUAUUUUCCUCUGACCACUAGCAAAAGUUUUGUUCAACUUUAUUGGUCUGAUUAAAAAGUUAAAGAGCUCUUGUAGUUACUAAACGGCAAAAAGCGUACACAAUAGACAAGUUUUGAUAGUAGAAAAUACUCAACACAUGGCAUCAAACAUUUGUCUGAAGCACAUAAGACCCAGAAGAACUUCACAAUAGUAUAAGUUCAAAACGAAUUUAAAACAAACUCACACAGCACAGUAAAUAUAAUUUGUAUUAGAUGUUUUGAAAGCUAGUUAUGUACUAUUUGAGAAACUAACUAAGAAACUGUAAAUUGUAGAUUGAUUUAUCACUGAUUUAAUGAGAUAAAUCAGAAAAGGGGAGCAUUGUGACAAAACGCUUUUACCAGUAGUUAUAAGGAGUGGCGUUUAGCAGAUGCCAACUCUGGACCUAAACUGACCUAUGGACUAAGUAACUCUUGUAAAUACUUCAACCAACAACAACAAUAACACCCUUGGGGCAAUCAAGUUGUGUAUUAGUAUUUGUGUUUAGUCUAAGGAUCGAAUGAUUGAAGUCGAAGAAAAACCCGUCAAGCCCUGCCCUGAUUAGAUUAGAUUGUAGUGUAGCUUGAUGGGGAUGUUUUGUGAUUUGUCGACAGAUGGAACAUGUACACUAUUGUAUAACUAACUAUCAAAACACCUCCAACAGGACAAUGGAAAGCCGAGAGCAUUUUUUGAUUAUUAUUAUUCAAACCCAAGGUUUCCACAGAGCGAAACUUUCGAAUUUGUAAAGGAAUUAAGAAAAACAAAUCCGACAUGGAUAUUUAACAAUAAGAAGCUGAACUAAUCAAAAUUGCUUUCACUGAUAACAAAAAAAAAACAUAUAUUAAUAAGAAAUCUAAAUAGCCCGAAAUGACAUAUCCCCAUGUAUAAGUGUGUAUUUUAUGAUAUAGCCAUAGCGAAUCCUUCCUAAUCUAAGUCAAAGACACUGAAACGUAGAUAAAGAAAUAUGUGAAACAUAUUAGCUAUAAUGUUUUAUGAUUUGUACAAAUGUUUUCUGAUUGUAUUCGGUUUGUAUUAAAUGUGCAUUACAUAAAUUG